AUGGCGGAGCUGCAGCUCGACCCGGCCAUGGCGGGCCUGGGAGGGGGCGGCGGGAGCGGGCUGGGCGACGGGGGCGGCCCGGGCCGCGGGCCCCCCAGCCCUCGCCCCACUGGCCCCACGCCCCGCGGGCACGGCCGCCCGCCCCCCGCCGCUGCCGCGCAGCCGCUGGAGCCGGGUCCCGGGCCGCCGGAGCGGGCAGGGGGCGGUGGCGCGGCCCGCUGGGUCCGGCUGAACGUGGGCGGCACCUACUUCGUGACCACCAGGCAGACCCUAGGCCGGGAGCCCAAGUCUUUUCUCUGCCGCCUCUGCUGCCAGGAGGACCCGGAGCUGGACUCGGACAAGGACGAGACAGGGGCCUAUCUGAUUGACAGGGACCCUACCUACUUUGGUCCAAUCCUAAACUACCUCCGCCACGGGAAGCUCAUCAUUACAAAGGAGUUGGCAGAAGAAGGCGUGCUGGAGGAAGCGGAGUUUUACAACAUUGCAUCUCUCGUGCGACUGGUUAAGGAAAGAAUACGGGACAACGAGAACAGAACUUCACAGGGCCCCGUGAAGCACGUGUACAGAGUCCUGCAAUGCCAAGAGGAGGAGCUCACGCAGAUGGUAUCCACUAUGUCUGAUGGUUGGAAAUUCGAACAGCUCAUCAGCAUCGGAUCUUCCUAUAACUACGGGAACGAGGAUCAGGCAGAGUUCCUCUGUGUUGUCUCCAGAGAACUAAACAAUUCUACCAAUGGCAUUGUCAUCGAGCCCAGUGAGAAGGCCAAGAUUCUUCAGGAGAGAGGGUCUCGGAUGUAA